CUACAAGCUAGAUAUGCAGAGGUUCCGCCAGAAUACACCACUAGCUCUGUUCUGCCAGUGUCAGAAGAGGAGGAGAAGGAAGCCCUCUGAAGAAUUCAAGGAGAUAGUCGCCGAGUUUGACUGGCCGCACGAAGUGACACUGGAAGUGGUGGAGCAGUUUCGACAAGAGUUUGCCUAUCACUACAAGCUUCGAGACUGUGCCAUGCUGUUGGCUAAAGUCCUUCCCGGGUCCUUCAUCAUCACCUGGUUCAUACCAGAGUCCAUUGUCAAGAAAUUGAGUGAAGAUAUUGCUCACCACAUCCUCAAGAAGUAUACUGCCGUUAGCCUUCAAAUUGCAGGAGUCAAGGUUUAUCCACCUCCUCAGAAGUCAGCAGCAGUCUCCUCACCUGGUCCUGGACGUUCAGCUGGUGGUGCUGCUGCUUCUGUUGAGAAAUCACCUCUGCAACCCAAGACAGAGGAGUGCCGUCUCUCACCAGAAGAGGAUUACCCCUUCGUUGAGAAGCCAUCAGAGGAUAUCUUCUGUCCAGUGACGUUAGGUCUACUGCUCCAGCCUCACCUCACCUCAUGCUGUGGUAAACAUCUCUCAGAGGAGUCUGCCACCAGAAUAGAGGGAGAGGGAGGACCAUGUCCACUCUGCAAGUCUCCUGACUGGAGUACCGUUCUUGACAAACAUGUCCGUCGGCAAGUGAAUCAGCUUCAUGUGUUCUGUCAUCACAAGGAGAAAGGCUGUUGGUGGAAGGGGGAGUUGUCUCACUUUACAAAACAUAUCCAGUCUUGCCAGUUCAGAUAUCAACAAGUCUCUACCCAGGUUUGUACAACCGGAGGUGUAGCUACUUUCUCCAUAAACUUGUUUCUGUGUUCUUUUUAUCCACACUUCUCCCUCCGUAUCUCUUUCUAUUCACCAUUGUGUCUCUCCCUCUCUCCAGGGAAGAACAGAGCUCCACGAUGCUGCUGAGAGAGGAGAUGUGGAUGCGGUAGAGAGACUCCUCUCCACUUCUGUCAAUAUCAACUCUAGGACUGAAGAUGUAAGGCUCUCUACUAGUGAAUGUGUAGUCUUAUUUCUGACUCAGUUCACUGACUGCUGCUCUACUGGUCUCUGUAUCCCCACCACUUGCAGGAAGGACACACUGCUCUACUGUUAGCCUCUGGCAAAGGUCAUGUUGAGGUUGUACGUCUGUUGCUCAAGGCUGGGGCUGCAGUCUUCAUUCCUGACAAGGAUGGUGCCAGCCCACUCUAUGUUGCCAGUCAUGAGGGACACACUGACGUAGUGGAUAUUCUGGUGAAAGCCGGAGCUGAUGUCAAUCAACCAUGUACCAAGGAACCAUGCAGUGUUCCUCUGGGGAUAGCUGCUGAGAAGGGACAUACUGAGACAGUUCUGAGACAGUUGGAGGCAGGAGCCAACGUCAACCACAAGGACAAGAAUGGCCAGACUUCAGUCUACUUGGCCUCCUGGAAGGGUCAUACAGCUGUAGUUCAACUGCUGAUAGAGAAUGGAGCUGACAUCAGUAUCUGUAAAAAGGAUGGUGCCAGCCCACUCUAUGUUGCCAGUCAUGAUGGACACUCUGAUGUAGUGGACAUUCUGCUAGAGGCUGGUGCUGAUGUCCACCAGGCCACCACCAAGAUUGGUGCUGUUCCUCUGGGGAUAGCUGCUGAUCAAGGACAUACUGAGACAGUUCAUAGACUGUUGGAGGCAGGAGCCAACGUCAACCACCAGAACAAGAGUGGAAGCACAGCCUUGCUCUAU